GGCGGGCUCCGGGCCGGAAUUGGGGGUGAAGCUCUAGCGUUGUGCCCACAUUCGGGGCGCGCGGAGCCGAGGGGUCCCUGGGGGGGCGCCCGGAGCUAAGAUGGCGUCCGCAGCCGAGGGGGACGUGGGAGCGGUGGUGGAGCUGGCAGGAGUGCUGCGGUGGGUUCUCCAGGAGCUGAGCCUUAACAAGUUGGCGACGUCCCUGGGCGCGUCAGAACAGGCGCUGCGGCUCAUCCUCUCCAUCUUCCUAGGUUACCCCUUGGCUUUGUUUUAUCGGCGUUACCUUUUCUACAAGGAAAGCUACCUCAUCCACCUCUUCCACACCUUUACCGGCCUCUCAAUUGCUUAUUAUAACUUUGGAACCCAGCUCUAUCACUCCCUGCUGUGCGUCGUGCUUCAGUUUCUCAUCCUCCGGCUGAUGGGCCGCACCAUCACUGCCGUCCUCACUACCUUUUGCUUCCAGAUGGCCUACCUUCUUGCCGGAUAUUAUUACACAGCCACUGGCAACUACGAUAUCAAGUGGACGAUGCCACAUUGUGUCCUGACCUUGAAGCUGAUCGGUCUGGCCGUGGACUACUUUGACGGAGGGAAAGAUCAGAAAUCCUUGUCCUCUGAGCAACAGAAAUAUGCCAUACGGGGUGUCCCUUCCCUGCUGGAAGUUGCUGGUUUCUCCUACUUCUAUGGGGCCUUCUUGGUGGGGCCCCAGUUCUCAAUGAACCACUACAUGAAGCUGGUGCAGGGACAGCUGACUGACAUACCAGGGAAGAUACCAAACAGCACCAUACCUGCUCUCAAGCGCCUGAGUCUGGGCCUUUUCUACCUAGUGGGCUACACCCUGCUCAGCCCCCACAUCACAGAAGACUAUCUCCUCACUGACGACUAUGAAAAUCUCCACUUCAUGUUCCGCUGCAUGUACAUGCUGGUCUGGGGCAAGUUUGUGCUAUACAAGUACGUCACCUGUUGGCUCGUCACGGAAGGGGUGUGCAUUCUGACGGGCCUGGGCUUCAAUGACUUUGACGAACACGGAAAGGCCAAGUGGGAUGCUUGCGCCAACAUGAAGGUGUGGCUCUUUGAAACAAACCCCCGCUUCACUGGUACCAUCGCCUCUUUCAACAUCAACACCAACGCCUGGGUGGCUCGUUACUUCUUCAAACGACUCAAGUUCCUUGGAAAUAAAGUACUAUCCCAGGGUCUCUCUUUGCUGUUCCUGGCCCUCUGGCAUGGCCUCCACUCAGGUUACCUGGUCUGCUUCCAGAUGGAAUUCCUCAUUGUUAUUGUGGAAAGACAGGCUGCCAGCCUGAUUCAAGACAGCCCAACCCUGAGCAGCCUGGCUUCUAUUACUGUCCUGAAACCUUUCUACUACCUGGUGCAGCAGACCAUCCACUGGCUCUUCAUGGGUUAUUCCAUGACUGCCUUCUGCCUCUUCACGUGGGACAAAUGGUUUAAGGUGUAUAAAUCCAUCUAUUUUCUUGGCCACGUCUUCUUCUUGAGUCUACUGUUCACAUUGCCUUAUGUUCGAAAAGCAAUGGUGCCGAGGAAAGAGAAGUUAAAGAAAAUGGAAUAAUCUAUUUCCCUGGUGGCCUAGAGCAGGACUGGUGCAGAAAUGACUCGCCUCCCUUCCACAGCACUCCUUCGCCCCAGAACACAGAGCACAGAAGCCAGGGAGCAGGAGGACAGGGCUCCCCAGCUGUGCCUCUGCUGCCAGCCGCAUCUCCAUUUGGGGCCAAAGGGGAAACUCUCAUGGGAGGAGUAGAGGGGCCCACGUCUCCCCUCUGGGCUCCCCCAUGCACGUUGCCUUAUCUCUUCCCCCUCUAGCCAGGAACCUGUUGUAUUUUUCUUCUGCCAAUUUACUACGAUUGUACGUGUGCCGCCACCUCCGCCCCCCAUGGGGGAGGGGAGGGCAAGGCCCCGCCUGCUCCACUUUUCUACCUUGGACUGUACCACAUAAAGUCACUUCAGUUUGUUCAGUUUUUCA